CCUGGAUUCUUCUCCCUUCCCAUCUCUAUAUAAAAGGGCAAGAUGCAUAUCUUCCUUUGGCUUAAGAGAUUUGUGUAUAAAUUUUUCCAAGCCCACUCUUGACACUAAUAAACAUCUCUUCCUCUGUAGCUAGCUAGAUUAAAGAGUUGUCAAAAGUCUAUCCUUCCAUUAACAUGAAAAUUUUUAGUUGGAUUCAAACCAAGAUUAAUGGAAAACAAAGUACUUAUAAGUCAAAUCCAGUGGCGGUCACGCAUCAUAUGUUGCAUCAAUCAUGCAAAGAAGAAUUCAGUGACUGGCCUAAUGAACUACUUGCUAUUGGUACAUUUGGAAGUUGGAAAAAUGAUGGUAAUUUGAAACAACAAGAUCAAAGUCUUACAGUUGAAGAAGUUGGACAACUUCACAAUGAACUAAAACAUCUAUUUCCUGAUCAUGAAGAAAGUAAUCCUCUUUCAGCCAAGAUAGGAUCAAAAAAGGAUCUUGACAAAUUCUUUGACUGUCUUCAGAACUUGGUAGAUGAUGAUCACAGAGUUAUUGAAAAUAAUAAAGAGAACAUUUUCGAACGGAGUAAUAGUACUCUUGUUCAUGUUAGAAGCCAAGAACAAUCUUCCCAAUUGGAGAACAUUAGCAAGAAAUCUUUGUCAUAUCUCCUAAAGAAGACAUUGUUCUGCAGCGCGGGAUUCGCAGCCCCUUUGAGGGAUCCAGUACUUCCACAGUCCAAAAUUGAGAAAUCAAGGAUGGAAAAGAUUCUGAGGGCUAUAUUACACAAAAAGAUAUAUCCUCAAGCAAGCAGUCCAAGGGGUACUACCACAAGAAAGAGAUACAUAGACAAUAUAUGUAUGAUUGAGAGUGAUACUGAUCAAGACAACGAAGCAUUUGACAGUACUGUGAAGAAUGGGAGCAAAUGGGAUAAGUCAGAUUCUGAUUUCAUUGUACUAGAGAUAUGAUUGGCUUCUUAUAGCCAGUUCUUGAAAAGAUCAUGAGAUUGAUUUCUGUUUCAUUUGGAUUUGCAAAAUUCAGAUUCUUCUCAAGUUUUUUUUUUUUUUGGAAUAGUAGUCUUCCAUCUGUUGGUGUUAUAUGAUCAUCAGAAGUACAUAUUUCACUUGAUUUUUGCCAUGACUAGAUAAGGAUAUCUGUUUUUGUCAUGGUUGGAAAAGUUCAUCUACUGAAGUUUCAAUAAGAGGGGAAGAUUUGUAAUCUUAAUUAGCCAAGUGAAUGAGAAAUUGGAAUUAAUGUUACUUUGAUGCAAUAGUCUUUCCUAGUUGUA